AAUGGAGUUACUCAAGACAAUGACAAAGUCAGAUACUCGUGUCAAAAUGGACACGUAAGUCCCACCUCGUGUGGGCCAAACUUAGAGUCCCCACUAAUCCAUGCCUUUGAUUUCGCAAGCUCAGAACAUAAUCACUGCUCAUCACAUCACCAUAUAAAUACACCAUUGUCUGCACUACAAACACACUCGCAAUUCACAAACCAUUGCUGCUGUGGUUUUGAAAUUUGUUUAAAAUAGUAACAGUAUUAAUAAAAUCGAACACAAUGGGUGCAAGUGUAGAGUAUGACGAUCAUGAUUCGUUUAAGAAACCAGGAGCAGUUCCUUUCAAAUGGGAGGUAAAGCCCGGGCUUCCCAUAGUGCAGCAAAAGCACCAACACCAGAAGCUGGAUUCGCCGUCAAUGAAGCUGAGGCCGCCGCCGCCGGCGGGCUCCUACCUCCUUUCUUCGGAGGAGCCGCGGACACGCUCCUUCCGGUCCGCUGCGAGGGGCCGGUCCGACCGGUGGCGGUUCGAGCGGCCCCUCCUCACCCGAGCCGAGACCGUGUCGUCGGGUUGUUUCUUUUCGCCGUUUUUGAGGCGGCUGCAGCGGAGGAAGAUGGUUCAGAAGCGAGUGGUUGAAGAGGACUAUACGUCGGAGCUAGAGACCAUUGGUCGGUGGUCCUUGUCGUCGACGAAAUCGCUCUCGCCGUUCCGGGCUUCCACGGCGUCGUCUUCUGUAGCGUCGUCGCCCAGGCCCAUUAGCGAUGCUGAAUGGGCCGGAUUUGGGCUUUUCUGAAAGAGUAACGAUGAGCUAUUUUUGGACUUUAGCUUUUUGGGGAGUGGGCUUUCGUGUGUGCGUAACGGAAUUGAAGAGGUUUUUUUUUGCUCAGACUGAAAGAUAGUUACCCCAUGUCAUGUAAAUAUAUAUAAGUUAUAAAUAAAUAUUAAAAAGAUCAUACGAAUGACCA